UUUAUGCUCAGGAGAUUAGUUCUCCAAGGUUUACUACUCAAUAUACAAUUUAAAGCCGAACAUAUUUCUGGUAUACAUAAUAUUAAAGCGGAUUCUCGCUCCCGACAGCAAUGGAAGCGCUUCAGGUCCAGUUUCCCAGACGGAGAUGCGCAAUCAUCACCAAUCCCCCCAUCCUUUCUACACAUGAUUUACAGCUUCGAUCCCAAAAGCUUCUAGAUUGUGCAUUGUCAGCCAAUACCAAAAAAAAACAACAACUGUAUGACUCUGCAAUUAAGGCAUAUCAUAUGUUUUGUUCCAGUUAUCUCCCUAAGCAACUCUGGCCACCAUCCCCUGCAACUUUGGUUGAUUUUGUGUCAUACCUAUCCCUCACGAAGCUUUCACCUAACACAGUAAAAUCAUACAUUGCAGGCAUUUCUUACUACAACAAAUUGCACGGUUUUCCUGACACUACACAUUCAUUUUUACUCAAAAAAGUCUUAUUGGGCCUUAGUCGUAGUAACCUACACAAUGAUGGAAGGAAACCAAUCACCUUUGACAUUUUAAUUGGCAUGGUUCAGGCACUUCCAAAAAUAUGCCAGUCAUUUUAUGAAUCUACACUAUUCUCAACCAUAUUUGUGACAGCAUUUUUGGGGUUUUUCCGAAUGGGGGAGUUAGUCCAGAACAGUAAACAUGAUGCAGGUCAUGCCAUUCAAGUUCAAAAUGUUCUAUACUCCCCAUACUACAAUACCGUCAGGAUUCUUCUACAACAUUCAAAAACUGACCAGGAGGGAAAGCGGUAUAGAAAAAUCUGGAUCGUCGGGUCAUCCAUUGUUAAACAUGUUUUUUGUCAUGCAAGAAAGUCUCUCUUUGGUACCAACCUGCAGUUAGAUAGACUCAAUGCAUCCUUUUUCUGGCAAGGACAAGGGGGUAUGAGGUGGGGGCAAGUUUAUAAAAAAGUUAAAUUCUUGCUUCGGCUGGAAGACCCACCCGAAAUUUUACUUUUACAUUGUGGGGGCAAUAAUAUCCCAAUGCAAGAGGGAAAGUCCAUUGAACUUAGGUUUAACAUAAUAAAAACGCUGCAGCAUCUUUCAAAAAGUUUGCCAUCCACUACAUUAGUUUGGUCUCAGAUUUUGCCUCGGGGUGAAUGGAGUGGUGAGAGGAAUCAUGUGGCUUUAGAGAGAGUCAGGAAUCGGACAAAUAGGGCUGUGGUAUCCUUUUUGAAGAGGUCGGGUGGAAAAUACAUUCGAUACCUUGAGCUACGUUCAUAUUGUCCUGAUCUGUUCUCGUCAGACAAAGUUCACCUUUCCAAUCUCGGGAAUUACUUGUUUUUGUACAGAUUACAGCAAGCUUUGCAAACAUUUUUGUCUGAUCCAACUGUGUUUGCAUCUCCUAAAACCGGGGAAGAAGGGCCAUGGCUGCGCUAUGACUAAUUGGGUCAUAGUCUGUCAUACUUGACACUGAUAUAUGAUUUUCUUCUCACCUAGUCCAGUCUACCAGAUAUCUAAUAUAUCCGCUAUGACGGAUGUAGAUUAUCUUGUUUGUUCCAUUUUGACUAUUAUAGGCGGGAUUAAACCGACAGUGUAUACAUGUACCUAUAUAUACAUGUAUAUACACAUAUUUACAUACUAAUAUGUAUGUAGGGGCGCCAUAUCAUUUGUUUGUUGGGGUUUUGUUUUUGUUUUUUGGUUGUCUUUUUUCUCGGGGGGGGGGGGUGUGCUCUCUACCUACUGGUUUUAAAAGCUCGCCCAAAUUACACAUUUUGUUCGUUCUGCACCGAACAUCGGCCUCUGAUAGAAAGAAAGCCCAUAACAUGGGGCAUAGCUCUACUGGUGGCGCAGACGAUGCACAGCAUCGUCUCGUGGCGGCAUUCUGGCUUACCAGUAGUGUUUCUAUGUUAACUUUACAUCAAUUGACAUUUUCAUUUUCUAUUAUGGACUAGGUGAGCAAGCAAUCUGAGCAUCUGUUCCCAGGGCUCAAAUAUUUUGCUUGU